CACUGCAUAAGAACGCAGGAAUUAUUUACUUAUUCACCGGGGACUGAACAAACAACGCACGCUGCUUGCGCACCUGGCUGUUUGGCCGUUUGUUUUGUUUCCCUGCAGCAGCUGGACAAUGACGUUCCUGGACAGCAUAUCAUCAGACUCCUCAUCAGGAAUAUUCCUAACUCUAGCAGCUGGGGCGGCUUUAAAAUACGCCAUCGGUUACUGGGUUCAAUACAACCGUCGCCAUCAACUUCGACGAGUCGGAACGGUGUCCGCUCUAUAUGUCUACCCAGUGAAAUCCUUCCGGGGGCUGAAUGUUAUGGAGGCUGAGUGCACCCGUCUUGGGCUCAAGUACAAGGGCCUCACCGACAGACACUGGACUGUGGCCGAUGAGGCAGGCAUGUACCUCACACAGCGGCAAGUGCCCUCCAUGGCGCUCAUUGAGCCGAGUAUUCAUGGCGACAUAAUGCACCUGAACGCACCGGGGAUGUCCACUCUUAAAGUACCCAUGAAUCCCGAGGUCACACCAACUAUGGUCAAGAAAGUCACUGUAAAGACGGACACCGUUGACUCCCUAGAUUGUGGGGCGGAGGCCGCCCAAUGGCUGUGCAAGUACUUCAACAGGGCCGGUCUCAGGCUCCACUUCUCUGCGCCCUCACUGGAGAAGAGAGACUCCUACUAUGGCAAAAAGUUGUGGGAGCAUCCGGCAUUACCUGGAGAUCUGACAGCCUUCUCGGACUACUGUUCCUACAUGGUCCUCUCCAACGCCUCCUUGCGAGCUCUCAACGACAGACUAGCAAGCCCCGUGCCCAUCCUCAACUUCAGAGCCAACAUCAUCGUGGACGACUGUGGUCCGUUUGCAGAGGAUGACUGGAAGGAGAUACAUAUUGGUCAAGCCAGACUGCGGACGCUGGACGCCUGCACGCGCUGUAUCCUGACCACGGUGGACCAGAUAAAAGGGGUCAAGGACAAAGACGAGGAACCUCUUAAAACGCUCAGAACAUUCCGGAGGAAGGAGCCAUAUGGAGUGAAGCCUGCCUUUGGUGUAAACGCCACGUUCAUCACGCCAGGCGUGGUCCGGGUCGGGGAUCCGAUAUACGCUUUUUAGAGUUAUCCCCCCUUGUUUCAAUCACAAAGGAUGCAUUAAAUAACACAAGGACAAAGCAGCUGUGUGCAACCAAGGGUGUCGUUGUACACACUACAAAGCGAUCCUAUCGCUGAGGUGAUCGUAACUCCCAUAUCUUAACAUAGACUUACGACAGUCGUAGCGCUAAGGUUGUUUUUUGUAAUGGCACCCAGGUCUUCUACCAGAAGGAUAACCGAUAACCGUGUCCCUUCAUACCUCAGAUUUGAGUUUAUCCUCCUCUGUAUCCUAUCCUAGACUGUAUUCGAAAAUUGGUCCCGUAAAUUAUUUUAUUCCAGAGGUACUUCUCUUGCUACAUGUUUUCAACUUAGUGCAUAGUGUCUGCAAUGGGGGACACGUAUUCUCAGAAUCUACUGACAUUACAUGAAUGAAACUUUGCAAGCUUAUCUCAGAGAUACGAGAGAUCGAGAAUUGGUACCAUAAAUUAUUUUUUCAAGAGAA